GCCAUAUCUUUAUUAGCAGAAAGACCAGCGCCACGGUACGUUGGUACGACUAUAAAAGAUUUUAGACUUUAGACCAUCGAAAGAGUAAUGUUCAGUUUCUCAACGGAUUAGCUAUCGCGUUGACUGUCGUCUCGUGCAUCUCUCACAAUCAGAAUUUGACGCGGUCCCGAUAUACCGUCCCGAUAACGAAAGAGAAUUGCAAAGAAUGGCAGAUACACCGACCGUAUUCCGUUUUACUAACAACAACGAUCACUUGACUUUCAAUCAGCGCUUAUUCUACGAGAAAAAUGGAUUUUUAAUCAUUCCCGAUCUUAUACCGCAACGUAUAUUGGACAAGUGUUCGAAGAGAUACGACGACAUCAUUUCCCGAAAUAUCGAUCCAGGACUCAUCACGAUUAUGAAGGACGUAGUCGAUAGGAAAUUGGUCAAUAAGAUACAAAACAUUAAUCACGAUCAAGUAUUUCAAGAAUAUUUCGAAUAUGACAAGUUGUUGGAUAUCGUCGAGUGUUUCACGGGCCCCAAUAUAAUGGCCAUGCAUAGUAUGUUAAUAGCGAAACCGCCGGACGCAGGAUACGGUUCGAGCUCACAUCCACCGCACCAGGACCUUUAUUAUUUCCCUUUUCGGCCGGCCGACAAGGUCGUAGCAACUUGGACCGCAAUAGAGCCGUGUAAUCGUUCGAACGGUUGCCUUUACGUUAUUCCCGGAACUCAUGGACUCGAUAAACUCUACGAGCACAAUUAUCCUCCUGGCUCGAAACCGAAUACAGUAAACAAGUUUUAUUACGGUAUUUUGGAUUUACCACCCAUGGACGACAGAUCCUAUAUCGCAAUGAAACCCGGCGACACAGUCUUCUUCCAUCCUUUGCUCAUACACGGAUCCGGCAUUAAUCGAUCCAACGGAUCGAGAAAGGCCAUUUCUUGCCAUUACGCCUCCUCCGACUGUUAUUACAUCGAGGCUAAAACUCCAAUGGAAACACGAAAUCAAAAUGAGAUUCUGACGGCUUUCAAAAAACGAUUCCCUAAUACGAAUGUAACGUAUGAGGAUAUUUGGAGACUCAAAUCCAAGCUUGUGCGCGGCGCUCGAUCCUCUUUGUAGACCUCCCUCUCGUUCACAUUUCUGCGGUAACUAUUUUGUAAAAUAAUAAUAAUAAUAAUAAUAAUAAUAAAGAUGAUUAGUUUUCAAAGAUGACAACAGGAAAGGAAAUUUGCCCUGUCGAGGGUAAUUGAUUGCACGACAGAAGAAGAUGUAACGACAACACCGUCGUUGUCGCGAUUAUUAUUCAGUGACUUGAUAUCACGACGAUGUCGUUGAUGAUUAUAAGGUGGUUGAAGAGUGUAACAAUGUUUCGAAUGAGGAUCUUUAUAGGUAUUCUCAUGUCGCACGCUAGCACUGGAUGUACGACAGGCGGCGAGGCAGGUUUGAAAUCGAUCCAUAUUGCGAAGACGCACCUUUACCGUAUCUUCUUCCUUUAUUCUCGGAAGAUUUUUACCACUCUCUACGGUAUCCUUCUUUCCCUUUAUAUGCUGUUAACAUAAUAAUAAUAAUAAUAAUAAUAAUAAUAGUAAUGGUAAUAAUAAUAGGAGCGUACCUUAGACUUAAUUACUUAGAAUAAAUAGGAAGAGAUUAAGGGGAUAAUACCUUGGCAGGAUGUAAACAGCAGGAAACGCAGUAUUCGUAAAUAGCACAGCAUCCUUGAGCGUUGCACGUUUUACAACUGUAUCUCUCCUUAAGGGCCGUAACCGUGGCCUCUUCCGCUUUAUACGAUUGCUUCUGUUCCCUGCUACAGCAACCAUUGGACAAAAGUUCGUGCCUGGCGCAUACCACUCCGUGCUCGUCGACUAUCAAUACUUUGCCCUAAAAAAAUAAUUUCAUCCUUUCUUGCUUUUAUAAAGGUAAGACGCCUUUCGAGCGUGUAAUAUGUCCACAACAAUAUACCUGUACAGAAUUGCGGCAUGGUCGAUUGGACGUAUCGGUGUCAUUUAAGUUAGACGGCGAAUCUAUACCUAAGCCAUUUUCAUUGGUUCCUACUUCGUUUGGAACAUCCAUCCCCCAAGAUUCACGUGGUUUACCAGAUGCUUUAAGUUGUUGUAACGGAACGUCGUCGUCAGAAAUCAUAUCGUCGUUGUUGUUGUCAUUCAUUAUCAAUCCCUCCAUAUCGUCGAGAUCGCUAUCCAAUUCUAUCGAUCUACUCUGUAAUAAAUAUUAUUAUUUUAAUCGA